GUUUUCACUGAGUGAAUCUACGUUCUCCGAGUCAUCAUAUAUCGCACGCAGAUUGUAGCUUUGCACGUGGUAAUAAUUUCUAAAGUGAUAACUUUCUGUCUUUCAAAAUGGAGUACAGCGCUCGACUUAAUAAAAGCAUUUACCAUUCAUACAUGACAUUGGAACAACCAGAAGAUAUGAUACAAUGUAUGUAUAUAUGGAUAGAUGGUACUGGGGAAUUUCUGCGUAGUAAAACUAGGACGUUAGAUGCAUCACCAAAGGACCCAAGUGAGAUUCCAAGCUGGAAUUAUGAUGGGUCGAGUACAGGACAGGCUGAGGGGUCAAACAGCGAUAUUUAUCUCAAACCAGUUGCCAUCUACAGAGAUCCAUUCCGACGAGGGAAAAACAUCUUGGCUUUGUGUGAAACGUUUAAAUAUGACGGACGAUUAACCGAAACUAAUCUCCGACAUACAAGUAAAGAAAUAAUGGAUAAAGUGAAGGAUGACGUUCCAUGGUUUGGCAUGGAACAGGAAUAUACAUUAUUAACCCAAGAUGGCCAUCCCUUUGGUUGGCCAAAGCAAGGCUAUCCUGGACCACAAGGUCCAUACUACUGUGCUGUUGGGCCAACCAACGUAUAUGGACGCGACGUUGUAGAGGCGCAUUACAGAGCUUGCAUGUAUGCUGGCGUCAAGAUCUCGGGAAGUAACGCUGAGGUGAUGCCUGCACAGUGGGAGUUCCAGGUUGGUCCCUGUGAGGGAAUCAAUAUGGGUGAUCAGCUUUGGAUAGCUCGCUAUAUCUUGCAAAGAAUUGGGGAAGAUUUUGGAGUUGUCGUCACCUUCGACCCCAAACCAAUGGAAGGUGACUGGAAUGGUGCGGGCUGUCAUACUAAUUUCAGCACAAAAGCAAUGCGAGAAGCUGAUGGAAUUAAAGCCAUUGAAGAUGCCAUCACUAAAUUGUCUAAACGACAUUCUUUGCACAUAAAAGCGUAUGACCCAAAAGGAGGCAUGGAUAACCGACGACGUCUCACAGGUGCACAUGAAACUGCCCAUAUUGAUGACUUUACAGCCGGUAUUGCCAAUCGGGGAGCCAGUAUACGAAUCCCAAGACAGUGUGCGGAGGAAGGAAAGGGCUAUCUAGAAGAUAGACGUCCGUCGUCAAACUGUGAUCCAUAUAAAGUAAUUGAACUGUUGGCACGUACAGUUAUUCUUGGAGAAUAAGCUUACGUCUGAAUGGAUUAGGUAGUAGAUGAAAAGUAUCGCCUCAUGUGGUAGGUCAUGUGACUGGUCGCUAAUGUGUUUUAUAUCAAAUGAUAAUCUAAUAAUAAAAAAAUUAUCACAUGGCAUGAUUGAUCACAUGAUCCAUCACAUUAGCGACCACAUGAUUUAUCACAUGUUAUGUUGCCUCAUUUGCAUAUCAAGAGACAUUGUUUCAAAUUCCAUAGAUCACAUUACAGAUAAAAUCUAAAUUUGAGCAAUCAAAUGAAAUGAACGACUUAACGUAAUGUUUUCGUCCUUAACGCCUCCUUAACAUGUUCUGCAGUGAUUUUUACUAUAUAUAUGUUUUUUUUUUUCUAUCAUUGCUUUUUUCAUGUAUAUUCCUUAGUUUUUUCUUCAAGGAUUCUGAGAUUUUUCUAAGUAGACUUUUCCCAGUAAUUUAUAAGCUCUGGCUCAAAAUAGAUAUCAUACAUUUAGUCUAAGAAUAAAAGAAAUAAACAUUUUCAGGGAAGUAGUGUCUAAUUUCAGUGUAACCUUUUUAACUAAUAAAUAAAGCAGUACUUUUCCAUCACAACAUUAUAACUAAUGUAAAGUAAAUGUUUUGAUUAUUCUCCUCGGCAUAGAAGGCACAUUUUGAAGAUAAAAAACAUCUGUAAUGUUUGUUGCUGUCUUAUUGUUUUUGUAUACUGUAAAAUGACUAAUUUUCACUGGGUUUAAAUUUCACUGAUUUACCAUUUGAGGCAUAUUCAGUGUGUUUUAAAUUCACGGUUUCGUCAUUUAGAUAAUGUGUUCUAUGCUAAAUUUUACAUAUUCACUGGGCUUUAAUUUAGCGCAUUUCCCAGUCAGCGAAAUAAGCUAAAUUAAAACCCAGUGAAUAAUUACCCCCUUUACAGUAUGCUGUCUGUAUGCAAAUUAAUAGACCACUCAGUUUUUAUGUACAUUAAUUAAUGUACCCUCAGUUGUUUUCAAGUUCAUAUGUAGAAUCAUAAACUGUAACAUUUGUAUUCAUAUUCAAAUUAUUGAAUUAAUGAAUAAAUAAAUAAAUGAAUAAAUGAUUGAA